AUGUCUGUCAUGAACAUGAGCUGUGUUGAUUGUUGGAUCCAGGGAACAAAUCAUAGUGACCUUUUAACAAAGCAGACUUCAACUACAGAGAAGUGUAUUUUGUUUGUUGUGCUGAGUUUCACAAUAGUGACAGACAUCACUGGAAAUGGUUUGGUGAUUUUUUCUGUUCUGAGAAGCAAAAAGCUAAGAAAUUCUGGUAAUGUGUUUGUCAUUAGUCUGUCUAUUGCUGACCUCAUUGUUGCCCUGUAUCCCUAUCCUGUUUAUCUGACUGCCAUAAUCAACGAUGCUUGGAUACUUGGAGAUAUGCACUGCAAAGUAAGUGGGAUUGUCGUGAGCAUUGGUGUCAUUGGUUCUGUCUAUAGUAUUACAGCCAUUGCAGUCAACAGGUAUUGUUACAUCUGUCACAGUAGCAGAUACGACAAGCUGUACAGUAUGAAGAACACCUUUUGCUAUUUUGUGAUGCUCUGGAUCCUGACUAUCAUUGUUUUGCUGCCGAUCAUCUUUGUAGAUGCUUUGCAAUAUGACCCACGGGCAUACUCAUGCACAUUUAUACAGACUGUUAAUGCAAUGUGUGCCAUGUUUGUGGCUAUUGUCCACUUUAUUGUUCCAGUUUCAACUGUAAUCUUUUGCUACUCAAGCAUUUGGAUUUUACUUAUUCGGGUCAAGUACCGAGUCAGACAGGACAGCAAGCAGAAGCUGAAACCUUCAGAAGUACGGAGUUUUCUGACUAUGUUUGCAGUGUUUGUGAUUUUUAUCAUUUGCUGGGGUCCAUUUAGUAUUAACAGCCUGAUUGUAGGCUUCAGUCCUCCUGGGAGGGCACCCGAAGUUCCCAGCUCACUAUAUGUGCUAAAUUAUUUUGCUGUUUAUUUUAACAGCUGCCUUAGUGGCAUUAUUUAUGGAAUUAUGAACAAAAAUUUUCGGCAGGAGUACAAGAGGAUACUUAUGUUGUUAUGUUUUCCAUUGCUAAAGUGCAGAAAUACUACUUAA